GCCAGGAAGAGAGCAAGAUGGCGGCAGGCAGGUGACAUGGACACGAAUGAGUCAGACUAAUACUCACACAUAAGAGGCUUCUGCAGCCGUUGUAAUAUUUCAGUUCAGUUUAGCGGAAGUAAGGAUAUUAAUGGCGCUGUUGUAUAGCUUCUUAUGGAGGCUUUUGCUGUUCGUGCUCCACAGCAACAGAGCGCUCGUCUCCUGGCUCCGUGUGCUGCUUCGGAGCUGCAAUGGCCGGCUGUGGGAGCGUGCUGUGGCCGCACUGUUAUUACCGAUGUCCCUAGCUGGCUUUCAGGACCAACGAAGGAAAUAUAAUCACAGACCCGACGCUAACGGCACUCCGGUAACUGGAGACGGUGCUGACAGUCGGCGACACCGGUGGCUUACUGAUGGCAAAGCUUUGGACAAGUUACCGGUGCACAUCGGCCUCUUGGUAGCCGAAGAAGAACACAGCUACACGGACAUUGGCAACAUGGUGGUCUGGUGUAUGGCUGUUGGUAUAUCCUAUGUCAGCAUCUAUGACAACCACGGUAUUUUCCGGAAGAACAACUCCCGCUUGCUGGAGGUGAUACUUAGACAACAGAAGGAUCUUCUGGGUGUAGAAGGAUCCAAAUACAAUGUGGAAUUCCUUUGUGAUUGUGCUGAUGAACACCAGAAUCAUGUGUUGUCAUGCAAGCCCACAGUGAAGGUCUUGUCUCCAGAAGAUGGGAAGCAGAGUAUCGUUAACGCAGCACGGCAACUCUGUCGCUCUGUGGAGAACAAAGAGAGGAGCUCCAAAGACAUUAGUGUCUCCAUGUUGGACACACUGCUCAGAGAGUCAAAAAAUAUUCCAGAUCCUGAACUGGUGGUAAAGUUCGGUCCGGUGGACAGCACUCUUGGCUUCCUCCCCUGGCACAUCAGACUCACUGAAUUCAUCUCCCUGCCGUCACACAGAAACAUCUCUUAUGAGGAGUUACUGGGCGCCCUGCAGCGCUACGGACAAUGUCAGCAGAGGUUGGGCCAGUGAUGUUCCUCACAAAAGACCACUUGACUCUGUCAGGACAAGUUACUGCUGUCCCACACUUGAGGUUUCUCCUGCAUCUCCAUGACUGGAGUCGGAGCCAGAUGGCUGACUUCCUGCCACCAGCUCAUGUUCUCCAACCAAGUGCCAAGAGGAAGGACACCAACCAGCAUGCUGAUGGUGAUGAGAGGACUGUCUGUCCUCUACAUUCCAUGUCCAGCUGCUGUUUACCACUGGAAUCACACAGCAAGAACAAAGCAGGCAUUGUGCCGCUGCAGAAAUGACAAACUCAAGCAUGAGAUUGGAACGAUGAGAGGAAGUGGAGCUGAGGGACAGGGUGAUUGAUGAGAUGUAAAUAUGAGCACUUCAUGUGUCUCAUUGUCUUUCUUCAUACUUUUUAUUGAAGGCUGCAGCUUGACUGUCCGUCCUUAAUAAACAAAUGCACUGUUUCUUCCUCUGUGUGUGUGUGGACCAAUUAACAUUUGAUGACCAAAUGACAAGCUCUAUUGCCCGUUGAGAAGGUAGAGUUGUUAAAAAAAAAAAAAAAAGA